UCCUCUCGGUGCGCGGCAGAAGCCUCUUGAGGGUGCCAGCGAAGUGUUGCCUGCGGUGCAUGCUGGGUAACGUAGUCCAUUGCGGACCAGCGUAAGCCACUGACGCGACGUGCUCCAGACGGAUAUAGAACUACACUUCCCAGCCUUCAGCAACAAUUGUGCAGAGGGGGAUUCUGGGAGUUGUGGUUUUGAGCGCCGAGCGACCUAAACAUGCUAUUCAGCAAAACCAGCUGAACUUGAAAUCGACCGAGAAAGCUUUAUUCCUCUGUCUCACAUUGCCAAAUAGAACAUAAAUACACAUUAUUUUUAGCCUGGAUUGACAUCGCUGCGUCUCCCGGAGAUGACUCGGACCAUUUCUCCUGAUUUUCGCGGUUAAAUCGCUGUUGAACGUGAGGCAUGCUAACUAGCCACUGUACCAUGUUGUCUGAACUACUGCAAGGCAACGACUCUGGAGGCUUCCUGGUCAUACAAGAUUCUUGUCGUUAUUCUGGACGAGACCUCCUGAGGAGCUUCAUCAGCUCUGCUCUAGACAGGGAGGAGGUUGUUCAUGUGCUCUGCUUUGAGUCCAGUGAGGAAGAGCUGAAAGAUGGACUGAGAGCACCAGGCCUCCAGAGGCUACAUUUUCACAAUGCUUAUUCCGACCCCCUCGGCUGGAUGGACCACUCAGCCUUCACGGUCGAUAAGUUCUCUUUCGAGGAGCUUACGCAUCUGGUGAAGCAGUCGCCGCACUCCAGACCAGCCACGUUAGUCAUCGACUCUCUGACGUGGAUUUUGAGACACGUGAGUCCACCUGCUGUCUGCAAGACACUUCAGCAACUCAAAAAAGGGGGAGCUGUCAGAGCUGUUGCCGCUCUGCUCCAUGCAGAUAUGCAUCAGAGAGGGACUGUGGGAAGCGUCUGCCACUUGGCCACUUCAGUCAUCACCGUGUCGCCUGGAAUCAAGGGCGACGAAGCGCUGGCGAAAAUAACAAAGCGCUCAAAAUCGGGGAAAGUUUUGCAAGAUGAGGAAAUAUUCAGUAUAAAAGAGGAUCUUACUGUCACCAUCCAGAACAAGCCCAGCCAUCUUGGACAUAAACAGGCCGACCCUGAGGAGCAGCAGACGGAUCCGACCGCCAACUUGACCUUCAACCUCCGUUUGUCUGACACGGAGCGCGAAGCCAAGGAGAAACUCGCACUUCCUUUUAUGUUCAGCAAAGAAAAGAAAACGGCUCUUCUGCACCCGAACCAGGGAUCAGGACGGAUCCUGUACGAGCCGGACGCCAAUGACGACUUCGACCAGGAGGACCCGGAUGAUGAUCUGGAUGUGUAGCAUCGAUCGGUUUUAAACAUACUGAAGAAGGACAGGAUCCACUUUACUUACCCUCUAUGCCUUCAGAAGAAUCGUUUUGCGUAUUGGAAACUCACUGAAAAUCCAUAGACAUGUCCAGUCAGUUGAAUGUUUGACAUGUAUCUGGGCAAAUGGUUCUUCUAAUGUAACUCAUCUUUUUUUUUCUUUCUGAUUUUAAUAAAAUGUUUUUCUUUUU